AUGGCCGACUCUCUGCUCGAGCUGCUGGCGCCGCACUUGGAUGCUCCGAGUCAGAAUGCCACUACCGACCAGUACUUGACUCGCCUGUCCACACUCUCCCUCGACGCUCUCCAGUCCACCGAACCGCAGUCCCUCGCUCAAUCCUCACACUCGACCCUCCUAUCCCUCCAGGCCCUGUCCAACCGCUCCCACCGAACAUUUAUCACCUCGGCUGAUCACCUGUCUACUCUGCGUACAAAUAUUCCCCAACUGACAAGCGAGGCGCAACAACUCCGCGAUGCCCUGCCGAAACUCGACGAGGAAACCGUGGGCUUCUCCACCAAGUAUAGCAAGAUUACAGACAAUGCCGCCCUAGAGCGGCGGAAGAAGGCUAUGCAGCUGGCGCGCAAUGUCGACCGUCUUUCUGAUAUCCUAGAGCUACCGACCUUGCUCUCUACUGCAGUGUCUGCCGCGUCUGCCAACUCAGGUGCCGGGGCCGCUUCGACCACUUAUUCCUCCGCUCUCGAUUUGCAUGCACAUAUCAAGCGACUUCAGACAUUAUACCCAGACUCGCCACUGAUUCAGGAUGUGGCAUCCCAGGCAGAAGACGCAAUGAAGGAAAUGACAACCAAUCUGAUUGCAGGACUUCGAGCUCAAAACCUGCGGCUGGCAGCUGGUAUGCGGACCGUGGGUUGGCUGCGACGAGUAGCACCAGAUCUCGAGGCUCUCCAAAAUGACGCUUCAUCAGCAAACGGGGAAGGAGCGCUGGGCGCAGUCUUCUUGAUCUGCCGCCUGGCGCACCUGGUUACGACACUGGAGGCGUUAGAGCCACUUCGCGAACUAGCCGACCAGGAGACGCAGCGGAGGACUCGAGUCAAGGAUACAUCGGAGGCCUGGUCGGAUGGCCAGCAGACCGACCGGUAUUUGAAACGAUACAUUGAGAUCUUCCGUGAGCAAAGCUUCGCUAUUGUCUCUCUAUACAAGAACAUAUUUGACUCGGAACAAUACGAGUCUGAAACGGCCGUGUCUGGCUUACGAGGCGCCAGCAAGGUGGAAAAAUCCAAAACCCCGUCUGCGCGAACAAAUGAUCCCUUGCAAAGACUUCCAUCCGCCCUCGCCACAUUCCCGAUGCAUCUCGUGCAACUACUCACCAACACCAUACGAACAUAUCUCCCCAAUGUGCGGGAUCGUAGCUCGCGAGAGAGCCUGCUGACCCAACUGCUGUACUGUGCGGCGAGUCUGGGUCGCCUGGGGGGCGAUUUCGGAAUGAUCUUAACGGAGCUUUGCGGCGAGGAAGAGAUGAGCUACGAGUGGGAAGAUGUAAUGCGGAAGCAUCGGGCGCUGGUCGGUCGACUGGAACAGUUGACCAGCCGGGUGCCAGUACAUUGA